AAGCACCGAGCAAACAGAAAGAUGGAAAGGAGAGACAUCAUGGCAGCUAUGCAGUCUGAAGGAUGUUUCAAAUCAAGCAUGGAUGCUGUAAACGCCCGUCGCACAGCAUUCCUUUGCCCAUAACGUCAACCUUGCCGCUGUCUUUCCCCUCAACCACAACGACGAGGUCGACGACAAGCACAUAUCCCACGAAAUGUCCGCACGGCGCCAGCCGUCAACAACAUCCCUUUCAAAAUUCGCCACUGGUCAAACCUUUGAGUUCGCCAACCGCUCGCUUGACUUCUGCAAUGCUUUCUGGGGCUUGGGCGAUGGCGGUGUCGACGUACUCUUUGCCCGCAUGAGAGGGGCGAUAAGGACGAUAGACGAGCUGAAGAACUUUUGGAGAGAAAGGGCAUCAAUCGAGGAACAGUACGCGAAGCGACUUUCCAACCUUGCCAAAUCCACCCUCGGCAAGGAUGAAAUCGGAGAACUUCGGGCUUCAUUGGACACUCUACGUCUAGAGACGGAUAAACAAGCAUCAUUCCAUAUGAAUGUUGCGAAUCAGAUAAAGAAUGAUCUUGAGGGGCCAACCACCCAAUUCCUGGCUAAACAACACCAUCACAAGAAGACCUAUCAAGCGGCGAUUGAGAAGGAAUUCAAGACGAAACAGACUCAGGAGGGUUACGUCAACAAAGCCCGAGAGAAAUACGAAGCGGACUGUGUUCGUAUCAACUCCUACACGGCUCAGUCCACUCUCAUGCAAGGCAAAGACCUGGAGAAGAUUCAAAUCAAGCUCGAGCGUGCGCAGCAGACGGUGCAUGCUAACGAGCGUGACUUCGCCAGCUUCUCCAGGGCCCUUCAGGAUACAGUGGCGAAGUGGGAAAUGGAUUGGAAGACCUUCUGCGAUAGCUGCCAAGACUUGGAGGAAGAACGAAUAGAUUUCAUGAAAGACACGAUGUGGGCGUACGCGAACGCUGUGUCAACAGUUUGCGUUUCUGAUGACGAGUCCUGUGAGAGGAUGCGUCUUGCGCUCGAACAACUUGAAACUGAGAAAGACAUGGAGAACUUUGUCCGUGAUUACGGCACAGGCAACAGUAUUCCUGACCCUCCCUCCUUUGUCAACUACGCUAACCCCGACGCUGUCCCACCAUCAUCUCAACGCCCUAUCACCCGACCAGCUCAGUUCGUUAGAAGCUCUCAACGACAACGCUCAGCACCACAACCACCUCCCGAACCCGAAGAAGAACCCAUCAACAUAACAGGCGUGGGCGCUGGUGGUGGCCGUCGGGGCGAUAGUAUAUCCGACUCGCAAACUGGCAGAGCACGCUCACAAAGUCGUGCAAGCACUCGCCAGGGUUAUGGCCAACCAGCGUAUCCUGAAUCGUCCAAUGGUCACCUUGUCAAUGGCCAUUCUUCGUCUUCGCAGGGCAUGCCUGCCGGUAGUGGCAGCUCCGUUUCAAUGCGAGCUCCUGAUCCACAAGCGGAACCAAUCAACCCCACCACUACGACGAUGCUCAAAGUGGGCGAUCGUGCGUAUGAAGUGGAUUUGACCAAGGAUCCUCAAGCUCGUAAUUCUUCUGUUCAGAACGGUGCUAAUAUCGGCCCUUCGAAAGUUGGUCAGGAUGAUGAUCCGCUUGCUCGUCAGAUGGAACAACUUCGAAACACUGCUGGUUCUUCAGCUUCCGGAUCUGUUCGCCGUCAGCAGCAGCAAGUCCAACCAGAACCUCAAGGCAGUUCGUCUCGAAACGGUACUAACCUCUCACCACCUCCGGGCUCGCGCGGGGGAGGUCCACCUAACAGGGAUUACAGACGUUCAGCUGAAAUUGUUGUUGGCGCAUUCCCACCCGGUGUCACUCCUUCAAGGCCUACAUCACCCCGUGCACCUACGCCCGUGAUGAUGAACGCCCCUGCUUCUCAACCUGCUGUUGAUGUACAGAAUGUUCUUACCAAUUACCAUCAAUCUUUACCGGGUGAAAGGAAGUCCAUUAGUCGACCUGGUAGCAGAACAAGCUUCGUCGGUCAACCUGGUCAACCGCAAAAUCGUCCUCUCAGUAUUGAAGGUCAUGCUGGUAUUGGAGCUCAGGGGCGGAGCACGAGCCCCCAGCCAUUUGCCUCACCUUCGAGGGGCGCUAGUCCUGCCGUGCAGCAGCAGCCUCAGCAACCACAAGCUGGACCUGCGAACAGGCGGAAUAGCUAUCGAGCACCUCCUCCAGGCAAUGCUCCUGGUCCUAGUCCUACUUCCCAAAGGACGAACUCGAUUUCCGUUCCUCAGAUGCCAGCUCACCAGCAGCGUCCAACGAGUCCUAACACUGUUGGUAUUGCACUCGCUCCGGACGGCCGUGUUGUCGAAGAUUCGAUGGCUGACAUGUACAAGGCUCAGAUACAGCAGCAGCAACAGCCGCAAUAUGCUCAUCCUGGCUAUAGAUCUAUUCAGCAACAACCGCCGCCUCCCGUCCAACAACCUCCCCCUGCCCCGCAGCCUCAGCAGAAUCCUCAGCAUCAUCACGUACAACGCAAUCCUAGCUAUCCUCCUCCCACUCAACCGCCUUACGGUGCUCCGCCUCCCGCUCCUGCAGGAUUCCCACCCAACUACGUUCAACAAGCCCCGCCUGCUAUUGCGCCUCAACAGCAACCUCCGAUCCAGAGUCAGCCGUACAUUCAGCAGCGUGGUCCAGAUCCUACUCAACAACAAGUACAAUAUCAACCUCCUGCGCAUACAUAUCAACCUCAGUCUCUCGUCAACUACGGCGCUCCAAACAAUGGAAUGGUUCAACGAGCACCUUCGAUGAAUGCGGGUGGGUAUUAUGGGAACGGGCAGAUAAUACCUCAACAACAACAGCCACAGCAGAUGGUUGGAUAUCCUCAGGGAAGAGCUCCUAGUCCUGCCAGGUCCCCUCAACCACAACGUCAGAGUCAACAACAGCAACAGCAACCUCCACCUACCGGACAAUACACUGAAGAUGGGAGGGGGGUAUUGUUUUACGGUGAGUCCCACUCCUCGUUCAUUUUUAAGCCGAUUUUUAUGAAAUUCGUUUCCUUGUAGUGAAAGCUCUGUAUGACUACCAGGCGACAAUCGAGGAAGAGUUUGACUUCCAAGCUGGCGAUAUUAUCGCUGUCACCGAUACCCCAGAGGACGGAUGGUGGAGUGGCGAGUUACUAGAUGAGGCUCGAAGACAGCCUGGGAGAACGGUGUUCCCCAGUAACUUCGUUACUCUCUUCUAGAUGGAAUUUUGUUAUCUUCUUAUGGACCAUGCUGUUGUAUUCUUGCCUUAGCUUGGCCGCGUAUUUUUCUUCGUAUGUUGUGUGUUUCCUCGGACCGAUUUCUCGGUUUUCUUUACUUGAUAGCGCAGCACGCAUGUGUGAUGUUCUCUCAUUUGAUCUUGAUCCUCUUGUGUGUCCUUAACAUUGCUUCGUUGUGCUUUGAUAUACAUGCCUUCCACGUCUGUACUGGGUCUACCCACUCCGAUUACCCAUCCUAUGCGAUACCUCAGAGUGUGAUGUAGCGAGAAUGAGAUUAAAAUCUGUCCAAGUACACGACCCCAUUAUGUAACAUAUGUCGAGGGAAGAUGCAGCUGAUCCUUCCACACAUCUGGAAGUCUUACCACGGCACGCAAGAAACCUUCUGCGGUUG